UCUCUUGAAAUGAAAAAUUUAUUAUACUUGGGUGAAUAUUCAUAUGCAAUGUUUCAAUAUUGUGGAUUUUGGAGACCAAUUAAUUGGAAAUCAUAUUGGAAAAUUUUUCUUUAUAGUGUCUAUUCAACAAUUUCCAUUGUUAUGUUUAUUUUAAUAAAUAUUUCUUUUUUUAUAACAAUAUUUCAAUUUCACGAUAGUCUCGAAACACAAAUACAAAGUAUUUUUUAUUCUUGCGUAUUUCUUACGGCUCUAAUUAAAUUGUCAUUGUUAUUUCGUACACGUCAAACAUUUAUUGAAUCAAAUCAAAUGUUUUUAUCAGAAAUUUGUCAACCUUGCGAUGAUGAAGAAAUUGCAAUAAUACGAGAAUGCUCUCGUAUAGGAAGACGAAACACAAUUAUUUAUUUUUUUUUCAUGCAAAUUUCGGCAUGUAUUGUGUUUCUGCCACCUUUGGCAUCAAAAAAUGUAACACUUCCGUUACCAUCAUGGCUACCAUACACUGUUGAUUCUCAUUUUUUAUUUAUUAUUACAUAUUUGCAUCAAUCAUAUGGCUGUAUAAUAAUUGCCACAAUUUCAAUUGCAAUGGAAAGUUUAGCUUUAACAAUUUCAUUGCAAAUUUGUGGACAAUUUGAUAUAAUUAUACAUCGUUUAAAUUUACUUUCUGAAUUGUGGGAAAAAAAUAAUAUUAAAUCUAAUUCAUAUGAUCAAGAAAUAAAACUCACUAAACGUUGUGCCAAACAUCAUUUUUAUGUUUAUUGUUUAGGAGAUAAUUUAAAUAAACAAUUUGGUCUUAUAAUUUUCACUCAAUUUUUUGCCUCAAUGAUUAAUCUUUGUUCUAUAAUUUAUAAUUUGUCCAAGCUAAGUCCAACCGAUAGUAUAUAUUGGUUAAUGGUUUCUUGCGUUGGCAGUUAUACACUACAAAUUUUUAUUUAUUGUUUUUAUGGUGACAAAGUAACAGAAAAGAGUGCAGAAGUAGGACAGGCAAUUUAUUUUCUCAACUGGUAUGGUUUAACAAUUAAAACGAAGAAAAAUCUUAUAACAAUAAUGAUACGAUCAACAAGGCCUAUUGAAUUGACUGGUGCAUCACUUAUCACAAUGUCAAUUGAUACUUUUAUGAAAAUUAUAAAAUCAGCAUACUCUGCAUACAAUCUACUAAAACGGCAAUACUAAAUUUAGAAAGCAUUUUUUUUUUUUAAAACAAAUUUUUAGGAAAAUAUAUAGUAAGAAAAAUUAAUGUAGAUUUAUAAGCUCAUGUUAUAUUUGUUUCUUUUUUUUAUGUAUAGAAAUUAAAAAAAUAAAUAAAAUGUGCAUAAUGAAAUAAGUAUAACAACUUUUCAAUUAUUAUAUUUAUUAGUUCAACACUCUUAA